GCGGAAGUGGAUCUACGUCAGCAGUGAUAGCAGUUCCUGGUUUUUUUUUUCUGGCAUUCUUCAGAUUUCAGACACUUGUCAUCUCUCUAGCGACCCGGCCACCCUCGGGUGUGAGCUUUGUUGUAUUUGAGCACUUCUUGUGCCAACGGUUUCCCCCAGAGAAGACAGUGGUCUGACUGUCUUUCGUUUCCGGCGGGUGUUUGUCACUGAGCAGAGCUGAACAGGAAGACAGUCGCAAAGAGGCGUCUGAACUGAGAGAGGAAACUGCUGUGGCCUAUACGUCAGCCUCAGAAUGACUGAGUUCUGGGUUUGUUUCAGCUGCUGCAUUGCAGAGCAGCCACAACCAAAGCGACGGCGACGGAUUGACCGCUCCAUGAUUGGGGAGCCGACAAACUUUGUUCACACCACACAUGUAGGCUCCGGUGACAUGAGCCUGGGAUUGGCGUCUGUGGACCUUGUUCAGGCUCAGAUGAAAUCUAAAGGGGGCUACGUACAUGGAGGAUCUGAAGGCUCUCAGUUGUAAACAGCUCCUCAUUUUGGAAACUAGUUGUUGAUUUAAGGAAAAAUUUAAGAAAAAUAAAGCAGUUCCUUCGAUAAUGUACACAGGACCAAAAGAUGAAACUACUGCUUUUCUUUGAUGUAUAUAUUUUUAUUUUUCAUUCCUUUUUUUUAAAUGAAAGCACUGCUAUCCAUUUUUGCUGCCAUAUUGUUGCACUGUAAAGAAUAAUUAAGAGUUAAUUAGAAGGUUUAGAAAGCUUGUAAUUGCUGUCAGAUGUAUGCUUGUGUGUAUGCAUGAGGAAAAUGUGUUCAAAAAUAAUUGCUGUUGUUGCCCAUUCGAUGCCUGUAUUUAUUAUUUGACCUGAAAACGGACCUCAAGGUGGCUGGGCCACGCUGGAGUUUUACAACAUUCAGUUUUCUCCUCAUUACUCAGAGCUUUCUGAAAGGACAGGUGAGGGUAUCAACAACAACAAAAAUUCAAAGUUCUUAGUUUAAUUCUGAGUAAUGCUCAUUUUCUCAGAGCUGCUUUCAGAAUUAAAUAUCGCUGUUUUGUAAUAAACUUGAAAUGAGUCAAGUACACUGGACCACACAUUGUACACUCAUGCACGCUUAGGAAUAUUCAUUGUGAUCAAAUGUUUUCUUUUUUUCCCCCCACUGAUUUAGAUUGAAUCAGAGUUUUAAUAAACAAUGGACUUUUCAAUAUGCUUUUUGAGAAUUUAAGAUUAUUUGCUGUACAUGUGUGAUCCUGAUGCUCCACUUUAGCAUUUUACAGAAGGCUCAUAUUUUUAUAACGCUUAUUUUAUUUUUUCUGUCAUUUAAAGGCUUCUGCUCCAACUAUUGCCCAAGAGCUAACCUUGGACAUAGCUGGGUCACACAUGUAAACUCAUUCACAAACAUGGGUUUGAUUCCACUGAGUUAGCAGGCGUUUGUGUUUUCCUGGUCAUGUGUAGCCAGUUGCGUCUGUCACACCCCGCAUUCUGAAUGCUGUUCAGGUUUUGUCUAGUUGAGCACAGGCGAUUUCUGUCCCCUUGAAGGUCUUUGUAAACUCAAUAGCUCCUUUUUUUUAAGUCCAUUAAGGUUCGGCACAAACAUUUUCAGCAGUUUUAUAAUUAAGCUGCUUCAUAUUUGAAAAGAAACUUUCUCGUAAAUGUGACUAAUGUUAAGCUGCAGACACAAAUUUCUCAAGUAGCAAUUUGUUCCAAAGGUAAAACCUUUUCCUUAUUGCAAAAUAUAUAUAUAUAUUUUAAUGAUACAAUAACUAAAUAACAAUAUGCAUUUUUAUUUAUUUUUAUUUUGCAUGGAUCUCAUUUUUAAGCCCUUAAAAUGUCCAAAUCAGAGUCUGCAGUAAAAGUUGAUCAGAUACAUGGAACUAUAGUCAGUAGACUUUGUUCUCCACAUUUGUAUGAUUGUCAUCCAAGUGCAUCCUGUGAUUUAACAUUUCAAUUUUAAAAACAUAUUGAAUGUAUUAGCUGCAGCAUAAAAGGUAUUCAUGGUACAAAAAGAAUGAAUUUGUAUUUUGCAGCCUUAACUCUUCUUCCUCUUUGUCUUUGUUGCCAGGCACAUUCAAUGAAAUUCUAUGUAAUAAGGUCAAUAAACAUGUAGGCACAGUGAUUGGUUUCUUCAUAAGUGUCUGUAGUUGUUCCUGUGUGAACAGAGAUGCACAUAAUGUAUGAGUAAACGUGUUGUUUUUUUAAAAAGAAAAAAGCUUUGGGCUAAAUCCUCAAGGAACAAGUCAUAUUUGAACUGCAGUACAUUGUGUGACCAGCGGGCUGUGCUAUCGGACUGCUUGAAUGUGACAAGAACAUUUUGUUUUGGGAUGAAUGUCACGACUCAUUUUAUGAAAAGAUUGUUUAAAAAAAGAAAAGUGGUGUACACAAGUGGAUUCGUGAAUUAUAUGUAUUGAAAUAUCAACAAAUUUUGCUUUUUUAUGUAAAUUCACAGAGGAGGAGCUGGCACGUUUUGUUCCCUCAGGUUCUUUGUUGUUCCCAUUGGAAAAGGGACAUCAGUUCGUUUUUCCCCUUCAUUUUCAGAAAAAAAUAAUAAAUGUUGAUUGUAGUCUGA